UUUUCUCUCAGAUACACACACACACCUCUUUUAGAGCAGAGAAGGGAGAAGAUUGGCAUUUGGCUCCAUCUUUGUUUCUCUUUGUGGAAUGCGAGAUAUGUCCAAAUAUGGAUAUCAAUGUUCUUCUCCCUUUUUUUAAAGGUUUAUUUUAUUUUCUGGUGAAGUGAUUGAAUUUACUCACUUGGUCAGAGGGGCUUCAGGAGCCAGCAGCAAGCAGCAGAAGAAAGAAAAAAAAGAAGAAAAAAGACAAGAAGAGGAGAGAGUCUCAGCCCGGAGCAAGCAGCAGCCAACAGCACGAAAAAAGCAGCCAAGAAUGAAAGCUAAGUUUCAUCGGCCUUUGGAGAAUUGAGAGCAACCAAAUUGCCCCUUUACCAUUUCGAUUGUUCUUGGUUCACCUUUUUUUUUUAACUCCUGAUCAUGCUCUACUUAGCAUCAGGAGUCCUUGAUCCUCCGGCUGCAUUUUUUUUCUUGUGUGAAGCACGCAUUUCGACACUGAUAGACGCCAGGGUCCCAACAAAGACCUGAUCUGCUGCUGCUGCUACUGCUGCACAUACUACUGCUAUAUGUGUGUAUCUCGUGUGGAGUUUUUUUCUCCUUUUCCUUCUCUCCUUUUCCACUCCAAAAGCGGUCUGUGAGAGUGUGCAGUCCAAAUUUGCUGGAAGCACAAAACCUCUAGAGAGAGAGGGGAGGAGAGAGAGAGAGAGAGAGAGAUGGAGCAAGCCAUGGAUUAUACUUCCUUCUAUUUCCCCACAAGACAAAGGUUCUCCUAGUUUAGAACAAGAAGUGAGCAUUCGAGAGAGUGAUUUGAUCUUCUAUCUCUUCUCUGUCCAUCUACCUUGAUAUCAUCCUCUUAAGCUUUGCUUUGCUUUGCAGAAACACCCCAUAUCCAGAUCUCCAUCAUUUUUAUCAAUGAUCUGGAUGAAGCAAUGGGCUGCUGAAUUUGCUCAUGGGUAUUAGGCCCCGGAUCAAAUCGAGCAGGAAAAGAGAGAGGGAGAUCACUAGCACCAGGUAGCUAUGGAGUCCGAGGGACUUAGCCUCGGGACAUCGUCUUCCUCGGCGGCGCAGCAGCAAGAACACCAUCAGCAGGCAUCCAGCGCCAAAUCUCCCCAGGAGAAGAGGUCAGAUCAUCAGCAGCAGCCAUCCGUGGGGCGAGGAAAGAUCGAGAUUAAGCGAAUCGAAAACGCUACCAGCCGCCAAGUUACUUUCUCCAAGCGCCGCGGGGGCCUACUCAAGAAAGCUCACGAGCUCUCAGUUCUAUGCGACGCUCAAGUUGCGCUCAUCAUCUUCUCCAGCACAGGGAAACUUUUCGAAUACGCCAGUACAAGUAUGAAGGAGAUAUUGGAUAGGUAUGGAAAGUACCCUGAGAGCGUCCAGGGCGGGAAUAUAGCAAGCCAGCACCACGACAGUGAUUACUUCAGCCGCGAAGUCAUAAGGUUGAAGCAGCAGCUGGAGCGCUCACAGCAAACUCAAAGGCAUCUCUUGGGUGACGAUCUCGCUCACUUGGCUCUCAAAGAUUUGCAAAGCCUAGAGCAGCAGCUGGAGCUUGGGCUCAACAGAAUACGUUCUCGAAAGUGUGCACUCUCCAUGCACCAGGAGCAAGUUUUUCUCGACGAAAUCGAGGACCUGCGCAGACGGGAGCUCCAGCUGCACAAGGAAAACGAAAUGCUGCGACGACGACUUGCCGACCAUGCGCAGGGAAGCGUCAACCCACUGGAGACAAGGGAACCUCCAAGCUUCGGAAAUGCGUCCUUGUCCUUGUCUUCGAGCAGAUCACAGCAACAACACAAGCAGCAGCAGCAGCAGCAGAAGCAGGCUCAGCAGCAGGCAAUUUCGCAGCAAAUGCAGAUUCAUAUCCAGAAGCAGCAGCAGCAGCAGCAGCAGCAGAGCAGCUUGAGCGACCAAAACCUUCAGACGUCAUUACAGCUUGGUAUAUCACUGUAUGUGUGAGUGCAGGCUGUAUGAGCCGAACCGGGGCGGGCGGCGUUCGUCGCUGAUUCAAGCGUCAUCAGACAGCAGCCAUUGAUCAUGAUCAGCACCGGUUGAACCCCGUGACAAAAAUAACCAGCCACAAUGACCAACAUCCAUUACAAGUGGAUUCUACUUUUACAAGAAAGCUUAAGUAUGAUGUAGAGUAAACAAGUUCUCUUCCGGCCCGGGAUUUGUGGAUCGGUCACUCCAGAGAGUUUUUUACCGCAAAUUGAGAUCGAGAGAGUUUUCGGUUCAGCUGAUGUUUUCGAUCAAAUGGAUCGAAUGGUGAGGUGCAUUGAAGUGGUCUGGCCAGCAACCAGCAAAAACAAAGUGAUAGCACAUUCCUUGUGUCAUAUAGGCAAAACAUUUCUAUGCUUGGAGAUCAAGAAGAAAAUUAUUACGUUUCAUACC